AUGAGUUUUUAAAUUAGUGCAUUCUAAAUGGCGAAUGAUGAAUCUAAAAUAGAAUCAUCUACUUAAAAGAAUAUAUCUAAUAUUUUCUCAGGUUAGAAUAGCAUAUUAAAUGGUGGAGACAUUACAGAGGAUCUGCGUUUAGGUUAAAAUAAGAGAUAAAAUUUAUUUUUGGAUGAAUUAAAUAGUUUUAAAAUGUCUUAAGUUAAUAACCAACGCUAAUUAGAUGAUGAAAAUAUUGAAUUUGAUGAGGAGUAUUAAUUUGAAGAUUAAAAAAUGAAAAUGGCAUAAUUAAAAUAAAUAAGUUCUUUCUUUAAUUCAACAGAAUUAUAUAAGCAUUCAGAUAAAUCUCCUUCAUAGAACGAAGUAUAAAUUGAUAAUAGCUAGCUUUCUCCCAGAAGAAAAUCUAUAGUAAGCGAAAAAAAUUAAAAGAAGCAUGAUUAUAUUUAAUCUCCAACUAAAGAUAUGCAAAAAUCGCAUCCUUCUUCAAGCUCUAGUAACUCAUAAUCAAGCUCAGAUACUGAUAAAAAUAAUGAUAAUUCACCGUCUAAUUAAUAGAAAAAAUUUGGUAAUAAAAGAAGAUAAGAUUAAUCUCGAAACGAAUAUCGUUCAAAAAGUGCAAAGAGAAUAGACAAAGAUGGAGGUAAUUCAGUAAUUUUUAGGAAAAAGAAAGGAGAAAAUAGCUCUCGUUUUAAUGAUCGUGAAGGUUCAAUUAGUCGUUAUUUUGAUCCUCUAAAAAAAAAUAAAACUUCAAUGUUUAUGUAUGAUGAUUAGAGUGUUAACAACAUUUCUGCAUAAAUGUAAAACCUCAGCACAAACAAAUAAAAUCUCAAACGUCGUAUGUCAUCUAGAAGAUAAUUAAACCAUAAAGCUGUAUGGAAUAUGAAAGCUUUUUCAAUCAUAAUGUUCAUUAACAAAUUAAUAUUUUCAUUAAAGAGGGCACUUAUUUUUACUAGACCUCACCUAUUAACAACCUUGCAGCUUAAUUUAAUUAAUGAUAAAAGUGCAAGAGAUGUUGGUGAAGGUUGGGGAACUAGAGAUGAUAAAUUGUAAAAAAUUAUUGAGAAGGGAGUCUAAUAAAAUGAAUUUUUUGGAAAAUUUACAAAGAGAUAUAAAAUUAUAAGAAAAGCUUUUAAGAAGAAGUGCAAAAUCUUAACUUAGCUUCAUGUAAAUAUAGAAAAUUUAGCUAAAAAAAUCAACAAGAAAAUACCUUUGUUUGAUCCUAUGUCAUUAUGGAUGUCGAUAUGGGAGAUUUUGAUAUUUUUAGUGACGUGCUUUAAUUUUGUAUACAUACCAUUUGAUUACUCUUUUGAUAUGACAAACUCUGCUUUAAAUGAUUUGUAUUUUCAUAAAAUAUCACCAAUUAUUUAUUUUAGUGAUAUUGUUAUUAGAUUUAAUACAAGCUAUUUUCAUAGAGGAUACCUUGUGUAAGAAAGAUAAAAGAUUGUGAAAAAUUAUUUGCUUAACCUAUUUUUAAUUGAUCUUAUAACCACUUUCAGUCUUAGUUCAGAUUUUUUUAAUUUCUCAGGAAGCCGUUUAAUCUUUUUUGCAAGAAUAUUUUAUUUUUCAAAAAUACUUGAUAAAAUGAUGGAACAGAUUAUGCUUAAUUCUAAACUAGCAGCUAUAGUUUCUCUAAUAUUACUUUUUGCAGAGGUUUAAUUCGUAGUUCAUAUUUUUACUUGUGCUUUUCAUUCAUUAGGGCAAUACGAACUCAGCAUUGGUAAUUUAAGUUGGCUUUCUGUGAAGCAAAAUCUUAAUAGUCCUUUCAGCUAAUAUAUAAAUGGAUUUUAUUUCUGUACCAUUACAAUGACUACUAUUGGAUUUGGUGACAUUACUCCUUAAAAUGAUACAGAAAAAUUAUUUGUUAGCUUUAUGUCGAUGUUUGCAAGUGGAAUUUUUGGUUAUACUCUUAACUUCAUAGGAAGUAUAUUGAUGGAUUUUAAGAAACAAAAAGAACAGUUUUAGUAAAAGUUAGCAGAAGUUAAUCAUUACAUGACUAAGCAUUCUGUUUAAUCUCAUUUAUAAAGUAAAACUAGAAAAUAUUUAGAAUAUAUUCAUAGUGAAGGUGUAGAUAAGCAGAAUUAACCAGAGAAAAGUUUAGACCAUCUAUCUAAAUUUUUAAGAGAAGAAAUUCUGAAAGACGUAUAUUUGAAAAGUAUAAAAAGCAUUUAACUAUUUGAAAAUAAGUUUUGUCAAGCAUUCAAAGAGAGAUUAGCUCUUAGAAUGAAAGAAUAAAUUUAUGGUCCUGAUGAAAUUAUUGUCAAAAAAGGAAAUUAUGAAAUACCUAGAAUAUAUAUAAUUAUGAAAGGAGAAAUUGAAUUAUAUUGGGAAGUUGGAUCAAAUAAAUAAAUACAAUCUAAAGAUAAUGAAAAAAAAUUAAAGUAUUUAAAAGAAGGAUCUUCAUUUGGUUUUUAUGAAUUCUUUACUUAAAACUAUUAGUCUUUUUUUAGUGCAUAAAGCAAAGGAGUAUCUCUUAUUUAAUAUAUCUAAUUAGAUGAUUUUUUAGAUUUACUAUAAGAUUUUGAGAAUGAAAAAGAAAUUUACUGCUUUGUUAAAGACUCUGUUUUGAUGAAAAAAGAAUAUAAAAUGAUUUAAGCGCCUUGCUAUUCUUGCUCCAGGUAUGAUCAUCUAAUAAGUGAGUGUCCUCUUCUCUUUUAUGAUUCUAAUAAAGAUAAAAUUAUCAAAGCUUACAAUAAACAUUUUAUAGAAGAAAGAAAAAAUUUUUCUCGUCCUUUAAAAAGGAUUAAAUACCAAACAUUAAUAAAUUGUGUAUAGCAAACAAGUGAUGUGUGCAAUUUUAGAGAUAAAGUUGUUUUUAAGACAGAAACCGAUUAUUCUGACUCUGAUGAUGACGAUGACGAUGACUAUUACAGUGAUGAAGAUGAGGAAAAUGAAGAAAUUAAGGAUUUAGAAAAGAAAGAAAGAAAUGAUGACUUAGAAUCGCCCGCUCGAGUAAAAUAACUUACUGUCAUAGAAAGUUCAAAUAAUGAUAGUGAUGAAGAAAGUAAGAAAUCAAAAAGAAAACAGCCAAGAAGUUAAACUCUUAAUACUGCAGCGAUAUAACUAUAAGCUGCUAAUUCUCCAGGUCUAGCUAAUCAGGCAAUUAUAAAUAGUCGAAGAGGAAGUUAAUUAGGUGAAGAUAUACUCAGAUAAGCCCAAUAACGUCGUUCCCUAUUAAUUUAAGGUAUUGAUGACAAAAUGCCAUCCAUGCAUUCAAUAAGUCGUCUACCAAGUAUAGGUUCCAAAGCAAACAGGCAAUCAUUUAUAGGAACUUAAAGGAAGGGUACUUUUAUAGGAUCGAAUUAUGAUAAUUUAGGAACUAUAAAUGAAACUGAAUUGACUGGGGAAACUAAAAAAGCAAUAAAAGCUCAAGAUGUUAAUUAAAAUUUAAUAAAGGAAUAACUUUAUAUAAACUAUUAAUUGCAGUAGCAUUAAUUAUAAAAUCAAUAAAAAAAUGAAAACUUUAUUGAGGAUCGUGUGUGUUAAUAUGAAAUUUACUUUCCACAUAAUAAUUUAAAAAACAUUAUUGAGGAAAUGGAAAGGAUUAAAAGAAAAUGGAGAUCAAAAUCAAUACAAAGGCAGAGAAGAACUGGUUUAAAAGAUAAAUUAAUAACUUUAAAGCAACUUCAUACUUUAAAAACCGUCUUUGCAGACAAAUACGAUAUAGAUACAAACUAAAAUUCGCCUUAGAAUUGA